AUGUCCGAUCAAGAGAUUUAUCCAAAUAAAUACGGUGAAUUACGAAGCAUCUGUAAAUACUACAUCGAUUUAUAUAAUGCAUUGUAUCAGCUAAAAACUGAAAACGAAGAAGGAUUAAAGUCGAUUUACCAAAAGAUCAAAACAGAAUUGAUUGAUUCAAAGAAUCAUCUACCGCAAACUAUAAUCAAAGAUAUUUUGAAUAUUAUUCUGUAUAAUAAUCGCUAUACAAAGUCAUAUUUAUUUCUUGCCAAACUCAUAUCUGGUGAUUAUCAUGUGGAAGAGGUCAGAGAAGUUGAACAUGUUUCAAACUUCUUGUUUUAUAAAGAGUAUGGUAUUAAAUUAGACAAAUCUGAUGAUUUCGAAAAAUUUAAAUCAGAAAAUCUCGAUAUUCAUACGGAAGAUAGUAUUUAUAGAACAAUUAUGUAUAAUGAUUUAGAAAGAUUUAUCUCAUUCACUGAAAGAGAAGCAUUUGAUAAAAAUCAAAAACUACGAUCUCAUUUGUAUCCAAGUUUUACAAAUUAUUCAUUACUUGAAUUAUGUUGUUACCAUGGAGCAGUUGAUUGUUUCAAGUUAUUAAGAACAAAGUUUAACUCAGAAAUAACUGAUACAUGUCUUGAACUUUCAUUUUUAGGAGGACACCCUGAGAUCAUGAAUGAAUGUUUGAAAUAUCAAAAACCAGAUGAAGAAUGCAUGGAGUUUGCAAUUAUUUCACACAACAUUGAUUUUGUUGCAUUCUUGAUGAAUGAAUACAAUUUAGAGAUCAAAUUAAUUGAUUGUAAAAUUUUUAAUAAUCUGGAAUCAUUUUUAGUUUAUUUCGAUAAAACUAAUGAUAUUGAUGAAUGCUUUGAUAAUUCUAUUAUAUAUAAUAUUCCAUCACUAUGCAAAUAUUUCAUUUCACAUGGUGCAAAUAUCAACAAAAAGAUGUCUUUACAAGAAACAGCUAUUCAUCAUGCAGCAGAAUAUAAUAGUAAAGAAGCAAUCGAACUUCUUAUUUCACAUGGUGCAAAUAUCAAUGAAAAAGAUGAAUAUGGAGCUACCGCUCUUCAUUAUGCAGCAAAAUAUAAUAGUAAAGAAACAGUCGAACUUCUUAUUUCGCAUGGUGCAGAUAUCAAUGAAAAAGAUGAAUAUGGAGCUACCGCUCUUCAUUAUGCAGCAGAAAAUAAUAGUAAAGAAACAACCGAACUUCUUAUUUCGCAUGGUGCAAAUAUCAAUGAAAAAGAUGAAUAUGGAGCUACCGCUCUUCAUUAUGCAGCAAAAUAUAAUAGUAAAGAAACAGUCGAACUUCUUAUUUCGCAUGGUGCAAAUAUCAAUGAAAAAGAUGAACAUGGAGCUACCGCUCUUCAUUAUGCAGCAAAAUAUAAUAGUAAAGAAACAGUCGAACUUCUUAUUUCGCAUGGUGCAAAUAUCAAUGAAAAAGAUGAACAUGGAGCUACCGCUCUUCAUUAUGCAGCAGAAAAUAAUAGUAAAGAAACAGCCGAACUUCUUAUUUCGCAUGGUGCAGAUAUCAAUGAAAAAGAUGAAUAUGGAGCUACCGCUCUUCAUUAUGCAGCAGAAAAUAAUAGUAAAGAAAUAACCGAACUUCUUAUUUCACACGGUGCAAAUAUCAACGAAAAAGAUGAUACUGGACGAAGUGCUCUUGAUUAUGCAAUUGAAAAUGAUAGUAAAGAAACAGCCGAGCUUCUUAGUUUACAUUUGCAUAUAAACGAUCUGCAAUGA